UCCACCCGAAUCGAAUCGCAUCUUUCUUUCUUUCCUUCCUUCCUUUCUCCUCUCGUGCGUGGUGCAAAGAGGAGAAAGAGGGAGAGAGAGAACUCAUCUCACAGGCUCACAGCAAUCGAGGCAAAAGAAGAGAGAAAAUCACACGGAGAGAGAGAUGGGGGUGACGAAGGAGCAAGUUGAAUCAUCGCUGACUUCAAAGCUGAAACCUUUGCAUCUCGAAGUAACUGACACAUCUGGAGGGUGCGGUGCUAGUUUUGUGGUAGAGAUUGUGUCCGAGCAAUUCGAAGGGAAGAGAUUGCUGGAGAGGCACCGCCUGGUGAAUGCUGCGCUUCAGGAGGAGAUGAAACAGAUACAUGCCCUUUCUAUCAAGAAAGCAAUCACGCCGGAGCAGUGGAAGCAACAGCAGGAAUCUGCGGAACCCAAGUCCAAAGCUUAAAAUUUGCUUUGAAAUGGUUCCGGGGUGCACUUGUGGUAUGAAAUGAAUCCCAAGUUAUCAUGUGUUUGAAUAGUGAUACUUAUCUACCUAUGAUUAAAUACUCCGUUAGAUUUUGGGUC